UCUUCCAUGGUGAAUGCUUAGCCAUGGUCGAUACUGGAGUCUCGAUAGUCGAUAUUCACAGUGUUUGAUUUGCUAACGGAGGACGUUAUUGGUGGCACGGUCGUGUAUUUAUUUGAAAAUUUUAAGAUCUUGACGAAUUUCAAGAUUCAUUCUCUCGGCCUCAUUGAUAAUUCAAGAUGUCCAUUAAUCAAACACUAGGAGAAAAUUACGACGAUGAGAGCUUCAAAGAACGGUUCGUAUUUUUCUACGAUCUACCAAGCUUGCAACAAAUAGCAUCUUACGAAGUUUGCCGAACAAUCUGGUGCAGCAACUUAUCGAAGUUCCAACUUAUCGAAGCGGAAGAUAUUUACGUUAUUCACUGUCGUAUUAUGAUUGGGUUUUCUCUUUUCGGUCAUUACCAGAAGCACUGCAAUGAGCAACUUAUAAAGCAACUGAAUGUUCCUGCCUUAAUCGAAGGUACUCUCGAAAAUUCUAUGACUAAGGUCUGUAAAGAGAUCGAAGAUUGGGUGAUAGAUUUUUUCUAUCACACAUUAAAUCUGGAAGGCCACAGCGGAAUUGAUCUUAUUGAUCCAAAGUGGUGGGUUUGGUCGGUGAAAGGCGAAAUCGACUGUUCAAAGAGCGCAAGGAGGGUUCUACAAGAUGCCAGUUUGACUGAAUGGCAGAAAUUUCUCGUGAUGUGUAAAUAUUGCAUGGUAGACAAGAUAAGUAAAUUCUCAUUGGAUUGCCUUCCGUCCCAAUUUUUUACUAGAAAUUUUCGUGAAAGCAACUUUAUUUGCUUUUAUUGGAUUUGUUUUCUCAGAAAUGAAUUGCAGAGAAUAUCAGUUGAGAAUAAUGAAUCAGUAGACUGGAGCAUUUCUAAACAUUAUGCUGAGUUACACAUGGUUAAAAAUUGUUUCUGGAGUCGUUUAAAUGACGAUGAGCAAGUUACACUUGUUGCUUAUAGGAUUAAUGAGUCUACGUAUAGAGGUAAGAAUAGCACUUUCUUUUUAGAACAAAUUAUUUCUAAAAUGUCACUGUCUCAGCAACAACGUUUGUUGCGUACAACGAGCCACAAAAUGGUUACGUUUUUCGCUCCAUAUCCCGAUUCAUCACCAUGUACUCUUUGGGCAUGGCAGUAUGCUGGAGAUCAAAUGGAUGUAGAACAAUUCGCGAAAUUGGUUGAAGAAUUGUUGAGAACAAAUAGAAUUGGGAAGUCAGCGUCUUUAUUGGAUGAGAUUUGGAAUACUGCGUCUGCUCAUCAGAGAAAUCACGUGAUCCAGUACAAGUCGGACCAGUUCAUGAAUAAUUUUCUUUGUUGUAAUGGCUUGUUAUACUCUGACCGAUUUCUUCAGUUCAUAUCCGAAGACGAAAGAAAAGAAUUGAUUUUUAGAUUAGUGAAGCGAAAUGAUAUUAAGCAACAUUAUGCUGUUGAUUUUUUCAGCAGCUUCCUGAAUGAAUAUUUGCCACGCCCGGUAGACCAAUUGAUGUUCAGAAAAUUGGUCAUUGAUUCUCCGGCGUUUGUAAAACAUUUACAAUACUUAUUGAAAUAUGAAGCAUAUAAAAAGAUCGAUGAAACAUUGAAAUUUUACUUUUCUCACGAUGCACCUGCUGCUGAAAUAUUCAAACGAGAGUUUCUCGAAGUGAAAUUGAAAACUAUGUAUUUUCCGUUUGACUUCAAGUUAAUUACAAGUAUCGAUAAAUGGAAUGGAUUGAGCCAAUUCAUUGAUGAGGUUUUUGAUAACGAUCCGAAAGCAGGGUUGAUGGUUAAGCAAUGGUUCAUCACAUCAGCAUUUACCAAUAAUAUCCGCUGGAUGCGGGAGUUAAUUAGACAACAUCCCUCAUCUUAACCAGAGUUUCGAUGAUUUUGUGAAAAUUGUCGAAACGGUAUUCAAGAAUGACGAAGUGAAGAAUGUGAAACGUUUGUUUUCUGAUAAAUUUUCCUCAAUAUCCAUUGGUCCUUCCCGUAGUACCUAUUCCGUGUUUCAUAUCCGUCAUGAAAUUUUUUACCUAAAGUUUAUGCAGUGGUGUUCGGUGCAUAAUGGAAAGCCUUCUUUGAAGUUGUGAUCCAACUAAAUUUAUGUACUUACGUGUAAUUCACCAAUCUGUACUUAACCUAUACUUUGU